GGCUAUUUCUCAUUUAUUAGGAGUCAAUGAUUUUACAUGCUUCAUAAAACAUACGAUUAAUAAAAAUAAUCGUAAGUUCGUCUGUGAAUGGAAAAACGGAGGAGACUUAUCAACCCCAUUAACACUCUACGCACAACAGAGGCGAUGCAGUUGUGAACCCAUAAAUAAGAAGAAUGCAACUGAAUUUACUUUCAAUGCCUUUAAAGUAAUAAAAUGGAGUAUAACAGCUCACGUAAUUGCAACCAGUGAAGAUCAAAGCCGGUGCACCUACAAAAAUUUCAGUGGAUAUUCAACGCAGAUAACGCGGUGCGGUCCUCCCUCUAAACAGAAUCUAAUUUUUAAAAGAAGCUCUGGUCAUUUGUCUGUUAAAGUGGACUGGGGAGAUGAAAGAAAUUAUAUUAAAAAGUUCUCUGUAAAGUAUAGAGAGUUCAACACUGCAAUGUGGAAAGAGAAACAGUCUAAAAACAGCAGAGAGUGUGAUAUGUGGAAUGUGACGUCUUCUCUGCCGUAUGAGUUGCAAAUACAUUGUGUUCACAAUGAAGAGUGCGCGCAGUGUCCACUCAGUGAGGUCAUCGUGGUCCCGCGGGAACUCACAGAUGCACCAUCAAUCCAAUGGGAGUUUCAAGACCAUAUACAAAACCCUUUUAUAUCAGCAGGACAGAGAAAAGUGGUCGUGAUGUGGGAGUAUGCAAACAGUGAGGCUGUGGCUGACUACAAUGUGACCGUGGGGAAAGUAUCUGGGGAAAACAUCACUCUGUGUAACAGUUUCAGCACUAAGGAUCCAUCUCUCACCCUAAUCCUGUCUUACUCCGCAUACAAUAUCAGCGUCAGGGCUUUGAACAGUGUUGGAUCGUCUCCUGUUUCCAGUAUAGCCAUUGAGCAAAUGGAUGAGUGGAGAGAUUCGCUUGGGCUGUUAAGCGUUAACAUAACCAGGAACAACAGUUUCAGUCUGUCCUGGAGCAGCUCGGUCUCUAGCGUGUGUUACUGUGUGGAGUGGUGGGCCAAAGGACAGAUUCCAGCUUUCCAAUCAUUCUACGCGAAGCAGACGCACAGAGAAAUAACCGAGAAAUCUAAGAGAAUUUUUCAGCCCUAUACGAGAUAUUAUUUCUCUCUGCACACCAGACCAUACCUGGACACCUGCGACCUGAAGAAUGUGAACAACAGUGAGAGGACAUAUGGCACAGCCCAAGCUUACUUCAGUGAAGAAAGUCCGAUUAGUGCUCCUGGGAAUGUGAGCAUUUUGAAUAUUACCCAGUAUUCCUCAGUGAUCACGUGGAGUCCCGUGUCUGAGGAAGACUUGCGUGGAUUCUUAUUAGGCUACUACAUCUACUACACAGAGGACAAUAAUGAAACAUCCUUUAAAGUGGAUCCCAGCCUAAACAGUUUUAAGCUGCUGAAUCUUAAAAGCAACAGUGCGUACCGUGUACAGCUGUCUGCAUUUACAGCGGCUGGAGAAGGAGAGCGCACCGAUUUCAAACACUUUGUCACAAACCCGCCAGAAUUCACUGCUUUGAGCAGCAUUAUAGCUGCGGUGAUUGUGGGAAUAAUAGUUCUUUUACUAGCGGUUCACUUCAGCUGUCGGCUUCUGCACAGAGCCAAGAAACUGAUGUGGCCAAGUAUACCAAAUCCUGAGAAUAGCAAUGCUGUUCAGAAAAUUGAAAUUGCCUAUGAACUGGGUAUCCUGGAGCCACUGAACAGGCAGCGGUUAGAGGAGAGUGAGGGAUGUGAUUCCAGUACAGUGUGUGUUGUUGAGAGCAAAAGGGAGGCGACUCCUCUCAGCAGUCCUCCCAUUUCUCACGCUGGUGUGAAGCCCACCAUCCAUCUUCUCAGUGGAGAUCAGGACAGCCCAUCCAUCCUGGAUGAGAUCACACCCCCAGACACCCCAACACAAGUCCCCUCCAGAGAGUCUGUUUCCACAGAGACCUUCCCUAUGGACUUUGGUAUGACAGACUCCACUUUGAGCACUUCUGUUGACAAUGACAUCACAAGUUUAGAAAGCAAAGACCCUGGAGAGACCAUCUCCAACAUGACACGGUCGGACUUCAUCCCAGCAUCCCAACCUGCUGUUGUGUUCAUGAGUGAUUACACCACCAUGGAGAUCUUCCAGCAGGUCACUAUGAUUGGGAUUCAGGGUCCAUCCAUCCAAACAGUGAAACCAGAAUUUGUUCCUGUACAUCCAGGGCAGGAUUACAUUCGGCAGUCCUGUUUUUCAAGAAAUAGACAGUCUAAUAACCCAUCAGGGGCAUGUAAUGGUGAUGAAGUUUUGAACCCAGAAAUCACAGUGCUCUGAAGUGCGUUUAUCCAGUGAUUUACAGAACUGUUACAAAGAAAAUCACUCUGGAGCAUCCUGAGGUUAUAGGAGCCGCGUUUAAGGGUACAAGGUUCAUUGUCCUGUUUCUGACUGAGCUUUAGCCACUACUCAACACCUCCCAUAAAAGAUGGAACACGUCACUUUUAAUGGCAGUGGAUUGGACCAAAGGCUCAGAAUUCUGAAAUGCCCAGUGCUCAUGACAAAGACUCCUACAUCAAUGACACAGCCCUAGCAUACCUUAAAUAGAGCGUUCCAUCUAAGGCUAGGUUCACACUGUCAGUCCAAAUCCACUUAUUUGUGUAUCGGAUUGUAAUUUGAUCUAUUUGUUUGACUGUGUGUGUUCAGAUCCUAUUUGCAGUGCUGGGUAGUAGCUGAUAAUUUUUAAUCUGGAUUACACAAUCAGAUUCCAAAAAUUACUUGUUAUUAGAUUAUAUUAUCUAAAAUACUACAGAAUAGACUACAGUUACUUUUUACAGUAUUGAUUACAUGAUUACAUUACGUUACAAAAUGUAUCUAUUCUCCCUGAUAUUUUUUUAUCUUUUAAAUUUUCCUUUCUAAAAAAAACGUAUUUCUUCUGUUCAGAUAGCCUUUCAGUUUUGUGGAAUUGCACGCACAGACCAGCCACUAGUCAGCUGGUUGUAAUUACACACAAAAUUGAGAGGUUAUUAUUAUAAAUUUCUAUACUAA